GUGAGAAGUCAGUCACAAAACGAUUUUCACUAUCGCGUGUGCUUGUUUUUAGACUAAUUCGCGUUAUUAAAAACAUUAUUUGUCGCUGCAAAACCUAUUAAAAAGUGAAGAAAAAUAAUAUUUCUACUGGUCAAGUGCAAAUUGUUGUCGGAUUACAGUGUAUUUAAAAAAUUGUGCAAGAAAGUGCGAACUACUGUAAACUACUAGAUUUUCCAGUGAAUUUGCUUGUUUUUGUGAUUUAUUACGUUAUUGUGCUGAUUGGUAUCGAAGCAGAACAAAUUUUCAUGUGAAGUGGCGUCCCUGGCACAAUACCAAAUAAACUCAACAACUUUUCAUCUCUGUGUGUAAAAGUGACUAUAUCACAAUGUGUUCGUUACGGUUACCCGUUAUUUCCGAACUGGCAGCGACGUGAAAGUGACAGAUCAUCAAAAUGACAUCUGUCAAACGAAAAAAGCGGGUAACGUAUAAAGCGUUCAGAAUUCAAAAAAGGACUUGUGUACCAUAGCCAAAGUUUAUUUUUUUUUAAUCUCAAAACCUUUUAAAGGUGUGCUUUGAUCUCACAGUGCUCAAUAGUAAAGACUGAUUAGCAAAAUGAUUGCCUUGAAGAAAUUGUACGGGGAUGAGCUCCUGAGACUAGCUCUCGUCUUGAGCUUGCUCAAGACCAAUCCUAAUGACUACUUAGAGAGAGAGACUCAGCUGAUAGCUGGAUUACAUAUAUCUAACGGCUCAGAUUGGGCCUUGGAGCAAGAGGCGCGAACUUUGAUUCGGCCUCGCUUCAUCCACCCAAAAUCUAUGGACAAUAUCCUGAUAAAUUAUGAAAGACAACUCUUUGAAGAGCUGAACUCCUUGGGUCGCUACGCCAACUCGUACAGCGAAAACAAUGACCGGAUAUAUAAUCGGGCGAUUCAUACAUAUUUAGUGAAUAACGUUGCCACCGAUACAGUCGCCCCCGUGCUUGCGAAUGGGUCGGUCCCGGACGACAGUCCCGACAACGAUGGAGUGUCGGCAGAUGAAAACGUAGCUCAAGAAGUCAAAAUCUCAGAGGAAACUGUAAGCGAGAAUGAAGAACCCGACAAUCAGCCUCAACCAGAUGCUGUCGUCACACUAUCAGCUGACUUCCUGAACAAUCACACAGAAUCUGAUAUAUUCGCUGAAAUAGCUACACGAUCAUUUGAUGUCAACGAGUUUUUAGUGCAACCAAGCGAAAUGCAGAUCAAGAAGGAACCAGAGGAAGUUAAUUCUGACCUCCUAGACGUCCAAGUGAAGAAAGAAAAUGAAGAUUUGUACAGUGACAAUGCCAUCGAUGACUUCGUUCCAUAUUUCAUGGCGAAAGCUGAGAAAUUUGAGCUGGAUGAUCCAGAAUCUAUAUACCACCAAAACAUGGCGGAUCUACAAGAUUAUGGAGAAUUAUUCGAUGAUAUAAAAGAUUUCAAAAACGAAAUAGACAUCAAUACUAAAAAGCAGGAUUUGGAGCAGUUUUUGGUGGAAAAUACUCCUUUAGAUUCGGAGAUAAAUGAUUUGGCACCGAUGUUCGAGGAUGAGUUGGUUUUGGAUAUAAAGAGAGAAAGGGCCAGCACUAGUUUCACGUCAGCAAGUUCCAGCGGUGUGAGUGAUAUGGAUUUCUCGAGAGCUGAUCUUCAGGACAUCAAGUCUGAAUCGGAUGAAGGUCAUCACAGUGGCGAUGAGCUCACUCAAGAGGAGGGUCCUCAGGCGACGAAAGUGGACGAGGUGGACCAAGAGCUGAAGCUGGCCGAGGAGAAGAUCCAGCGGAAGAAGGUGGAAGAAGAGAAGAUUGAGAAAGUGAAGGCGUCCUUGUUGGAUCCCGAUGUGAAAGAGGACGAUCCCUGGGCCGGACUAUCCUACACCGUAGAUACGGAGACUGGUGAAUACGUGAUCCAAGGCGAGCUCCCUGGUGAACUGGUGAACAGCGAGGAGUCCAGGUUCGACCUUCUCGAGGAAGCCCUGCAGCUGGUGGAGCUCGGUGACGAGGCGGAGACCAAGGAUGAACAGCCUGAAGCGAUAGAGGGCAGCAGCAGCGGCGGAGACAUGUUGCACCCGGCGAUGAGGCACGUGCCACAUCACCCCCUGGCACAUUACCAUCAUAAUCAGUCUCUAAUGCGCUGUUUGUCGGUAGAGCAGCGGUGGCAGGACUUGGCGUCGCUGCUGACUAUCCCGCCGCCCCCGGAGCAGUACCACUAUCAUCACCAGCAUGCCCAGCACCCUCAUCACAAUAUCAGCGGCCACGCGGCUGCUGGAGGCUACGCCCCCAACUACCACACCGGUCUGCCGGCUGUUCCGGAAAAGCAUCCCGACGCUUACGCUGGAGCGGCGGCGCCGCUGGAGGGCGCUUACAAGGUGGAAGCGGCCCAUCAUCCACAACAACAUGACGCGCUGUACUAUCAGAACACGACGAGCGAAAUGGCGCCGCCGACCAAUCAAGAUGGGUUCCUGCAAUCCAUUUUGAACGAUGAAGAUCUGCAGCUCAUGGACAUGGCUAUGAAUGAAGGAAUGUACACAAUGCGCAUGUUGGAUGGGGCGAGCGCUCAUCACGCGCCCCACCCUAAUCACACUCAUAUGAUGAUGACAGAACGGGACUCGGCGUCAGACAGCGCCGUCUCCUCAAUGGGAUCGGAGAGAGUGCCGUCUCUCUCUGACGGCGAAUGGUGCGAAGGGAGCGAUUCUGCGCAGGAGUUCCACAGUUCGAAGUUCCGCCCGUACGAUGCGGCGUACGGACGCGACAGAUCCGCACCCCACCAGCCACAGAAAAAACACCAUAUGUUUGGCAAGAGAUGUUUUCAGCAGGAGCAACCGAACCCCAGUUUAGAGCCCUUGGCGCGGCCCAAUCCCGCGCCCGGGGUCGUCAAAUACGAGCCCUGCCCGGAACAGAGCUACCAUCAUGAUAACAUGCAUAUGCACAAUGUAGACUUCGCGGGCCGCCAUCAGCUGGGUCCUCAUCCGACAUUGCAGCCGACAUUAGACCUCAACUCGCCUCAUUGCAGCUCACUAUUACAGACGGGUAUACCCAGCCCGGCAUCGAACCCGGGCCGUUUCUACGCGCCGCCCGACAGGGUGCGCCACAACCACACCUACAGCGCGCCGCUCGCGCCCGACCACCGGCCCGCCGCUACCAGAGACAAGAGAGUUCGACGGCUAACAGAUGGCAGUAUAUCGGACGGCGGUUCCUCGGCCACGAGCAGCGGCCAACACCUGUCCAGAGACGAGAAGAGGGCGAAGGCUUUGGGCAUACCAAUGGAAGUCCACGACAUAAUAAACUUGCCGAUGGACGAGUUCAACGAGAGACUUUCCAAACACGAUCUCAGCGAGGCGCAACUCUCACUGAUAAGAGAUAUCAGGAGGAGAGGGAAGAAUAAGGUUGCCGCCCAAAACUGCCGGAAACGGAAGCUGGACCAGAUCACGUUGCUGGCGGACGAGGUACGCUCCAUGAGGGACCGCAAGCAGCGCACCCAGCGCGACCACCACGCGCUGCUCGCCGAGAGGCAGAGGGUGAAGGAGCGGUUCGCGAAGCUGUACCGCCACGUGUUCCAGAACCUCCGCGACCCUGAUGGGCGUCCACUGUCCUCGGCCCAGUACUCGCUGCAGCAGGCGGCGGACGGCAACGUGGUAUUGGUACCCAAAAUGCAGCAUGAUCAUUCGAUGAAUCGCACAUCAGAUGAUGAAAUGGACAGGAAAACGAAGAAUUACGAGCAGUGACCCCCGCCUGCCUUCCCGUGGUGGCAGCUAACAAACACGCAAUAAUUGUAGAUACAAUUCAUAUAACGCGACAGCUCAGAACACGAAAAUAAAGUUUAAUUAUAAUCUGUUCUUUAAACAGUGUGUGUUUGGUGCAUGUGUACUUACUUGCUGAGUAAUUUGAGUGCAUGUGCACUGAAUAGCGUUUUAACUCGGAAGCGUGCGUUGACCCGCACUUUUUCGUGCGAAAGAUGUAUUUUUGUUUCCGUAAGAAACGUUGAAAACAAUAAAAUGUAUAGUAAAAUAAUGACUUACGAACGAAUAAUGUCUUUUCUUUUUUAAAUGUAUAACGCACGCUAGUGUAUAGGUACUUUGUGUUAUGAUAUCGUCUAUAUAAGCUAUACAGUUAAGCCCUCAAAAAGAUAUAAAAACCCAGAGUGACUGUUUGUAAGUAGUUAAUAACUGAAGUUACAGUAAUUAAAUGUGGGUUUUAAUUUCUAUAGCUUCAGUUUUUGUUCGCGGUUUUUUCUAACUUUUAAUAUUUAUAGUCUAUGGUGGGCUUUGCUUGUCACUUUGACAGCAGUAUACGUCACUUUUGACAGUUCACAGCUGUCACUUUCACAUGUGUUUUUCAAAAUGGAAGCUGGUUGUUUUUCCGUCAAGCUUUUUAAUGUAAGAAACAUCUUGCCUGUUUUGUACAUUUUGAUCUUAAAAAUCAAAUUAAUGUAAGGUUGGUCAAAUACAUGUAAAGUACUUAUUUUGAUUUCGUCAAAGUGAUGGUACAACUUUUUCAGCGAAAAUUUAAUGGCUCUGGUAGUCUGUGUUUAUUUCACAAAAUCAUCUCGAAAUUAUGAAAGAAAAAUGUGAUAGUACGAAAUAUUCCAUUUUUUGUUAGUGUUGUAUAGGUUUUUCUUAUUUUGAUGCGAUUAUUGCGUAAUGAUUACAUAAUUCAUUUGGGAAAAGUUAAAAGCAUCGAUGCAUAAUGAAAGAUUUUUAUUGAUAAAUUGAAAAAAAAUCUACCAAAUACAUCGAUACUUUAAAUUGAGUAUGCCAGAAAUGACUGAUUUUAAAAAUAUUGAAAAAAUACCAUAAUUGUAGAAUUUUGGUGUCUAUGACGCCGCUUCGUUGCAAUAAGUAAUUUUAAACUAUGUUUAACAAUUUUGUAAAAUACUUUUUCUCUUGUUUUAUUUAUGUAUCUAUUAGACUAGAUUAAUUUGUUAUAGAAUUUUGAAUUCUGUUUUUCAGCUACUUAAAGGGUUUUUUAAUCCAACAACUUUCGAAUCAAGUACAAAAUUCGCCUCAAAUGUUAAACCGAAUUGCACGCAAGGAAUAGUGCAUUACAUACUGAGUUUUAAAUGUCGAUAGUUAUUUUUUUAUCGAUAACCUUUAAUAAUCUCUUUACUAUGGAAUUUGGAUUUAAAUCGAGAAUAUUAUUGGUUACACAAUGAAAAAAAUAAUUAUUUUCUCUGUUGUACUAAUUUGUAGUUUGUAUCAUUUGUAGGUUAUAUUUUAAAAUAUCUAUUUUUAAAAUAUCACCUACAACCUAAUAAUCUGUAAAAUAAACUGUAUGUAUACGGCCAGUUUUGUUUAUUUUUUCUAAUCCAACUAAGUCACUGUUCUAUUUUCAAAUAAAAUCGCUUUUUGUUAUAAAAUGCGAUUAUUUGUGGUGCAUAUUUUUUUAAUUUAGCGCAUAGUGGACUGCUUUAUACAGAAAUGAAAUAAUAAAAAAAAAUGUUUAUAUAUUUAUUAAUUUAAGGAGUUAAGCCACGGGUAGGUAAAGCAUUUCACUUGAGUUUUUGUUUCAUUUUACCGAAAAGUAGGUGAAAAGGCUGUGGGUAGAUCAUCUUCGGUAGGUUUAUAUAUUGAGUGGUAAAUUCAAAUUUCCCUAUUUAAAUAGUUACCAAAUAACAGGUAUGUUACUUCUACUAAUGAAGGUUUCUUCCUCGCGUUAAUGACUCGAAUCUUUUUAGUGACUCAAUGCAUGGUCGCUUGGAAUGCACUUAUUGCCUCUAUGAGGUCGAUUCUACAGCAGUUAGAAGGGCACUUGUGGAGUUCAGCGAAUGAGAAGGUUGGAGUCUGGACCAUGAGUUCUAAAUUUGACGUUUUUGAGGGUAGAACCAAAUUUUUGCAUUCUACGUAGUCCAUAGUUACAGUUUAUCAAAGUUUAUCACUCUAUAUAUAAAUCUAUGGUUUCUUGUCUGUGGCAUUAUAUCAUUCCUUCUUGGUUAUCUUAGGUUUAAAAUAUUAAUGAUCUCUUUAUAUUGAAUUGUUGUGAAGUUUGUGUUCUUUCACAGGAAAUUUUAGGAACGUGUUUUAUCUCUUCUUUCUUUCUAACUAUGAGAAUAACCAAUAGGAUAGAAAGAGAGCUAAGACUUAUGUCUUAAGUUUUGUGGAUAAACCCGUUAUGUGUGGAUAAUCUACUUAAACCUAGCCUUUUAGGAUGCGGCUGACAAAACAAACUUCAAUUAACGAUUAGUCAGCUCAAAUUCCUAUUUCUUAAACCUUAUUUCCCAAACCGCCUGUAAAACCAAGAAAAAAAUCAUAGUGCAUGAAUAUAAUGCCACAGAAUAUUUUUUAGCAAAAUUGUAAGUUGAUUUCGUCACUCGAAGCAACCGAUCGAUGUAAUAUAUUAUUACCUUUUAUUUUAUAAGUUUUUUUUUUUACUUUUAACAGAAGUUAUUUUUAAUUUAGGUUACGAUAACAUAGUCCUAAGUCUUAAUAUAAAAAUGUGAAUUUUAA